UAAGGUUGUGAGGUGAAAAAUCUGUAGGAUCCUGCCAAAAAAGAUUUUGCUGAAGAGAUGAUCAAGUAUACUGAUACAUUUAUCAUGUUUAUCUUUACUUCAUUCAAAGGAGAUACGAUAAAGGAAGCUGGUCCUGCUUUUGAUCACUUGGAAAAUUCCCUGCAUAAAUUUGAUGAUGGUCCUUUCUUCCUUGGUGGAUUUAGCUUGGUGGAUAUAGCCUAUAUUCCGUUUGUUGAGAGAUUCCAACUCUUCUUCUUAGAUGUGUGGAAAUAUGAUAUUAGAGAGGGCAGGCCAAAAUUAGCAGCAUGGAUUGAGGAGAUGAACAAGAUGGAUGCAUAUAAGCAGACAAAGUAUGAUCCAGAUGAGCUUCUUGAGUAUUACAGGCGGCGAUUUCUGUUUCUCCUCAGCUAAGCAACUUGAUACAUGUACACGAGUACGAUAUGCGGAUUUAACAGUUUACGUAAAUCAAAUCCGUACUGCUCGGUGUUAGGAAAUGUGUUGCUUGCAUAAAUAAGAAAAUAAACUUGUUCGUGUACUGAGACAAUAAUAAAAAUACAUGAACAUUAUCCAACUUUUACAGUUUUGUGUGAUCUCUUACUGCAAUAUUCACUUUUGGAAGCACAUGAACAGAAUGCUUUAGAUUGGUUUUGGCA